CCCAGUAACAGAGAUACCCCAGAGAGAUGUCCCCGUCCUCUGUAUUCCCAGGAUUGUACAGAGGAGAAUCACAGGACCCCACAGGAGGAUCAGUUAGAACACCUGUUUGAUAUUAAAACAGAAGAUACAGAGGGAGAAGAAGAGACAUAUGUGACUGAUAUGAAGGCAGAAGAUAUAGAGGAAGAAGAAGAGACGUAUGUGACUGAUAUGAAGGCAGAAGAUAUAGAGGAAGAAGAAGAGACGUAUGUGACUGAUAUGAAGGCAGACGAUACAGAGGGAGAAGAAGAGACGUAUGUGACUGAUAUGAAGGCAGAAGAUAUAGAGGGAGAAGAAGAGACGUAUGUGACUGAUAUGAAGGCAGAAGAUAUAGAGGGAGAAGAAGAGAUGUAUGUGACUGAUAUGAAGGCAGAAGAUAUAGAGGGAGAAGAUGAGACGUAUGUGACUGAUAUAAAGGCAGAAGAUAUAAAGGGAGAAGAAGAGACGUAUGUGACUGAUAUGAAGGCAGAAGAUAUAGAGGGAGAAGAAGAGACGUAUGUGACUGAUAUGAAGGCAGAAGAUAUAGAGGGAGAAGAAGAGACGUAUGUGACUGAUAUGAAGGCAGAAGAUCUAGAGGGAGAAGAAGAGACGUAUGUGACUGAUAUGAAGGCAGAAGAUAUAGAGGGAGAAGAAGAGACGUAUGUGACUGAUAUGAAGGCAGAAGAUAUAGAGGGAGAAGAUGAGACGUAUGUGACUGAUAUAAAGGCAGAAGAUAUAAAGGGAGAAGAAGAGACGUAUGUGACUGAUAUGAAGGCAGAAGAUAUAGAGGGAGAAGAAGAGACGUAUGUGACUGAUAUGAAGGCAGAAGAUAUAGAGGGAGAAGAAGAGACGUAUGUGACUGAUAUGAAGGCAGAAGAUAUAGAGGGAGAAGAUGAGACGUAUGUGACUGAUAUAAAGGCAGAAGAUAUAAAGGGAGAAGAAGAGACGUAUGUGACUGAUAUGAAGGCAGAAGAUAUAGAGGGAGAAGAAGAGACGUAUGUGACUGAUAUGAAGGCAGAAGAUACAGAGGGAGAAGAAGAGACGUAUGUGAGGGGUGAUCAGCAGUGUAAGGAGGAGGAAAUCCCUACAGAUAUCAGCACAGUAGAUGGCGGCACAAGCAGGAAUGCCUUGGAGGGAGAUCUCUUCUUGUCUGCAGAUACUAAAACAGAAGAUAACAUCACACAGGAUUCUCCAGGAGACAGCGCUGUUAUGCUAAAUAUACAUCCAGUACCUCACAGCGCAGAUAUAUCAUCCAAUCCCUCUAAUCGCGAGGACUGUUCUGCUGAUAACUCAGUUUUUGUUACACAUAGUGCAGCUCAUACACCUGAUAAUAUAUUUCCCUGUUCCGAGUGUGGGAAAUGUUUCACACGGAAAUCACAUCUUAUUAGACAUCAGAGAAGUCACACAGGUGAGAAGCCAUUUCCAUGCUCUGAGUGUGGGAAAUAUUUUAAACAGAAAUCAAAUCUUGUUACACAUCAGAGAAGUCACACAGGUGAAAAGCCAUUUCCAUGCUCUGAGUGUGGGAAAUGUUUUACACAGAAAUCAGAUCUUGUUAGACAUCAGAGAAGUCACACAGGUGAAAAGCCAUUUCCAUGCUCUGAGUGUGGGAAAUGUUUUACACUGAAAUCAGAGCUGGUUAGACAUCAGAGACGUCACACAGGUGAGAAGCCAUUUCCAUGCUCUGAGUGUGGGAAAUGUUUUACACAGAAAUCACAUCUUGUUUCACAUCAAAGAAGUCACAGAGGUGAGAAGCCAUUUUCAUGCUCUGAGUGUGGGAAAUAUUUUAAACAGAAAUCAGAUCUUGUUAGACAUCAAAGAAGUCACACAGGUGAAAAGCCAUUUCCAUGCUCUGAGUGUGGGAAAUGUUUUACACUGAAAUCAGAGCUGGUUAGACAUCAGAGACGUCACACAGGUGAGAAGCCAUUUCCAUGCUCUGAGUGUGGGAAAUGUUUUACACAGAAAUCACAUCUUGUUUCACAUCAAAGAAGUCACAGAGGUGAGAAGCCAUUUUCAUGCUCUGAGUGUGGGAAAUAUUUUAAACAGAAAUCAGAUCUUGUUAGACAUCAAAGAAGUCACACAGGUGAAAAGCCAUUUCCAUGCUCUGAGUGUGGGAAAUGUUUUACACUGAAAUCAGAGCUGGUUAGACAUCAGAGACGUCACACAGGUGAGAAGCCAUUUCCAUGCUCUGAGUGUGGGAAAUGUUUUACACAGAAAUCACAUCUUGUUUCACAUCAAAGAAGUCACACAGGUGAGAAGCCAUUUUCAUGCUCUGAGUGUGGGAAAUAUUUUAAACAGAAAUCAGAGCUGGUUAGACAUCAGAGACGUCACACAGGUGAGAAUCCAUUUCCAUGCUCUGAGUGUGGGAAAUGUUUUACACUUAAAUCAUAUCUUGUUACACAUCAGAGAAGUCACACAGGUGAGAAGCCAUUUCCAUGCUCUGAGUGUGGGAAAUGUUUUACACGUAAAUCACAUCUUGUUACGCAUCAGAUUUCACACAGGAGAAGCAUUACUAUCAGUUGAUACAGGGUUGAAGCAACACUCCUGUCACACACCAUUUUAACACUUUAUGUUAUCCUUCCACAGAUAACUGGAAUGUGUGUCAUUAAUAUAAGAUGACUAGAUCACUCCUGCAAAACUUUUAGUCAUUUCUCCUAUAGAUUUUUCUAUAUAAUAUAUCCUAUAUAUGUAAUUUAGUCUAGAUGUUGCCAGCACUCUCCACAGUAAUACCAGACCACAUAACUGUUAUGUAUGGGUUACAUUGUAUGGAUUUCAGUCACACAGAUAAACGAUAAAACACAUUA